CCUUUCUACUUUAUCUCACACUCACAGCCGCACAUCAAAAGAAGAAAGGCAGCCCAGCCACACCAAUCUCGCCGUCUUUCUUCUCUCUUCAUUUCACUGUUUCCGUUGCUGGCCGUCGAUGACUGAAUGGAUGGAAGAAAAUCGAUGUGUGUUUUGACGAAAAAUUUUGGGUUUAGGGAAAGAAAAUGGCGACCUGUUUUUGACGAAAAAUGGUGAAGAUCCAGCUAGUUGUAUUGCGGCUAAAAUGAAACUCUUGAUCACGAGUAUCAAAUCGAGACAGUGACUUCCAUUAUUCGAAACACAAUCAAUCAAGCUUCUUUCAUGGCUACCUUCACAUUUACUCCCCAUAUUGCUAGGCUUCCAACGCUAUCCUCUUCUUCAAAACGGAAACCCAAAUUCAAUUCCAUUAAAACCACCAAAGUCUCCCUUCAAACUUCCCCACCUUCACUCUCUGAUCCCUUUGUUCUUCAACUCGCCGAGACUCUCGAAGACUCGCUCCCUUCUUCUUCUUCUUCUUCUUCUUCAUUGCCUUUUCCUCUUCAGAAACUCAGGGAAUCUUCCGCUGAGACUCUCCUUUCGACUCCGUGGCCCUCUCGCAGAGAUGAGCCGUUUCGUUUCACAGAUGUUUCUUUCAUAAAACAGUCCCAAAUCCACCCAAUCUCGAAUCCGCCACAGUCUUCCCAAUUAUCUAACAUUCCUGUAGAAACCCAGUUCGCCAAUGUUGUAAUUGUUGAUGGUCAUUUCGUCAAUUCAGUGUCCAAUCUGACAGAAUUGCCAAAUGGGGUUUAUGUGGGUAGCCUCAUUGACCUCCCUUCCGAGAGUAUUGCGAAGAGGGUGUCUGAGUUUGUUGAUGGGAAGUUCGUGGGGGACUUGUUUUGGUCCAUUAAUGGUGUUGGAGCUCCAGAUUUGACUGUGGUCUAUGUACCUGCUGGGUGCAAGGUAGAGAAUCCAAUCCAUUUUAGGUAUUUUUCUAUCAAUGGGGGCGAGGAAGGGUCAAAGGAAUUGGCUGUUUCGAAUCCUAGAGUGUUGGUUUUGGUGGAAAAUGGAGGGGAGAUUGAAAUUAUUGAGGAGUUUUUGACUGGAGAUGGGGGUAGGUCUUAUUGGGCAAAUCCUGUUUUGGAGGUGGUAAUUGGAAGUGGAGGAAAGGUUAAACAUUCUUAUAUUCAGAAUCAGUCUUUAAAUGCUGCACAUAUCAAAUGGACUUCUGUUCAGCAGGAAUCAACCAGUGCCUAUGAGCUUGUGGAGAUUAGUACGGGUGGAAAACUAAGUAGACACAAUGUCCAUAUCCAACAGUUGGGACCAGAGACUACGACAGAAUUAUCAACACUGCACUUAUCAGUUGGCAAUCAAACACAAGAUCUACACAGUAGCCUAAUGCUCGACCAUCCACGAGGAUAUUCUCGACAGCUUCAUAAAUGUAUUGUAGCCAAUCCCCAAGGACAAGCCGUAUUCGAUGGUAACAUAAAAGUCAACAGAUAUGCACAACAAACGGAUGCAGGACAACUAACAAGGAGUCUUCUUCUAGAACCUCGAGCAACCGUGAAUGUGAAACCUAAUCUUCAAAUCAUUGCUGACGACGUCAAGUGUUCACACGGAGCUGCUAUAAGCGACUUGGAAGAAACCCAACUCUUCUAUUUCCAGGCUCGUGGAAUAGACUUGGAGACAGCAAGGAAGGCUCUAAUAUUUUCUUUUGGAGCCGAGGUGAUCGAACGGCUACCUUCCCCUUCGGUCCGGAAGAGAGUUGAGAAUCAUAUAAAAGAAUUGUUGAACCCCACACUAGAAAGAUCCUAACACUGACCAUGGGGAAUAAAUGCAGGCCUUGAAAAUCAAAGCAUUUUUAGCUUCAAGAAAGCUUUACGAUGGCAAAUUCUCUUCCAUUUGAUUGCCUAGUAAAGAAAGGGAAGUUCUCAAGCUGUGAGUGAUAUAUUGACCCAAUUCUUGUUGUAAUGUAUUUAUUGUAACUUAAACAUGUUUUUUUUGGUUGUAAAAAAGAAAUCACAAGAUUAUUAGGAGAUCAGCUCCCAAAUAAAUCAGUAGUUUUUGAAAACCAA